GAGCUCGGCGGGCUCAGGGCAGCGCGGAGCCGCUAGCGUUUCCCGGCGCGGCUGCCCGAGGCCGGCGAAGCCAUGGGCGCCGGGACCCUGCCGCCGCCGCCGCCGCCGCCGUCUGGCCCCAGGAAGAGAAGUUAAACUUCUAGAGAAACCUAACAGACAAUAUCCACAACAGGUGGUAACAGAAAACAAUCCAGAUGGGGUGCAGGUGCUGUAAAAUAAUACAAAGCUAUCUCUUUGAUCCAGUUCAAGUGCCCUCUCCUGGCUAUGUCAAUGAAGUCAACAGCUGCAAGCUAGAUGAAGACGACACUGAUAAAUUAAAAGGCAAAUGGAGCAGUGAAGUCUUGGUGCAGAAAAAUGACCCUCAGAGGCAGGGCUCAAAGAAGACUGAGAGCAGCAGCAGGACAGCUGAUCCAUGGGAGCCCUGCUGGCCUCACCAAGGGCCGCUCCCACAGGGGGACACUGGAGGGGAACACCAUGCCUGCGGUGUCAACGGCAUCGGCCCUGCUGCCACUCCACAGCCCACUGGGAAUUCCAGCCCCGCCCAGGAUGACAGGGGCUCCUGGGCCAGUACUGCAAAUACUGUUCCCCCAACUCAACCCUUCCUGGAAGGAGGGGGCACCAGGAAACAGGACUGUGUGCUGCUGGCCUCAGAAGGGACCCAAGUCAUGAGAAAUGGAGGCUCCAGAGCUCCUUCUGAGGCAGAAGGUUUUGCCUUGGAAGUACAAGACCAUGUCUUCCAGAUACCAGCCCCAGAUUACCUUCAGCAAUGGGGCCCAGCUGGAGACAGCGUUGAUCAUAAUGAAAAGGACUGUGUUUUCAAGAACCAUACUGAGGAUGAAUCCCUAGAGGGAAUUCAGCCCCCAGUGGGGGAGCAUGGUUUGAAUAUGCCCUUCUCUGUGAGGAGAAGCUGGGAUUCAUUGAAUGAGGAUGUGGAAACAGAAGUUCUAAGCAUCUGCUUUAAUGAGAAGGGUCCUGUUCAUGCCAUGCCUGUGGUUGACUCAGGAAACAGGCAGGAGGAUACCCAUGGCUCCGAUGGAGAUGGGGUUGGGGAUGGGGAGAUUGUGGAUGAGGAUGCAGCGGUGGCGGAGGCCCUUGCGGCUUUAGAAGCUGCUACUGCAGGAGAAGAUUUGGAUGAGACUGAUUAGGGGAGGGGAUUUGCACAGGGAGGUAAGCUGGUGUCAUGCUGAGCAUGCAGACGCAUUUGCUCCCUGGAUGCAGAGCAGGUGAUUCUGCCAGCAGGCACCAGUGCAGCCUUACCAGUUGUUUACAUCCAGCAUCUGUUCUGAUUGUCAGCAUCUGUCCCAUGCUGCUUGUCACAUAUCUGGAGUUUCACUCUGUGUAGAUGAGCUGUCAUUCAGGACACUAGGAGAAAAAUCUGAGUGGGUCAUUGUGCCCAUAUCCACAGAAAAUGCAGAAGUUGAACAGCUUGCUUGACAACCCUCAAACAUCUUUGAGCACCUGGUACAGAUGUUUAUGACAAUACUCUAAGAUCUCAACCCUUGAUCCCAAAGGCACACAAUCACAGAGCAUUCCUUUUGACUGUAAACUGUUUACCUUGCUUUUGAGAGCCAAACAUUGUACCCAACCUGGAAAAAGUAACUACCCCAAUUAAAGUGCCUCAUGUGUCCCCAGAGCAUGGCUUAACUUCAGGGACAAUCACCCAGGGAACUAAUAACUAACCAGUUGUUCAACAGCGGGUUAAGCUCAGCAGUUUUCACAGUAGAGCAGAAGUCCCCAGGAAACAAAGGGUUAGUCAUUAGCUGAGAUGUUGAUUUUAAAACACCUUGACCUUAACUUUUUUACAUUAUUACUUUUAAAUCUCCUUUGGGAUUGGGGAGGCUGGCCAAAAUAAGUCUUAAAACUGCUUGUGUCAUAUUUGGAUUUUAAGUUCAUGACAUUCAGAACAGCAAAGCCAUAUAUGCAAUGUUUUUAUGCCAUUAAAUGUCUGAUUCCAAUUAAAAUAUAACAACGUAUGUGUCUUUCUAGAAGUCUUAACUCAAAGGUGGUUCUAAUUUUCUCAGAAUAUCAGUGACCCUGGAUGUUACUUUCAAUGUAAAGAACUAAUCUAGAUGGCCGGGUGUGGUGGCUCAUGCCUGUAAUCCCAGCACUUUGGGAGGCCGAGGCGGGUGGAUCACAAGGUCAGGAGUUCAAGAUCAGCCUGGCCAACAUAGUGAAACCCUGUCUCUACUAAAAAUACAAAAAAUUAUCCGGGCACGGUGGCGGGCGCCUGUAAUCCCAGCUACUUGGGAGGCUGAGGCAAGGAGAAUCGCUUGAACCUGGGAGGUGGAGGUUGCAGUGAGCUGAGAUCGUGCCACUGCACUCCAGCCUUGGGUGACAGUGCAAGACUCCAUCUCAAAAAAAAAAAAAAAAAAAAAAAAAAAGCUAAGCUAGGCACAGUGGCUCGUGUCUGUAAUCUGAGCACUUUGGAAGGCUGAGGUGAGAGGAUUGCCAAGGCCAGGAAUUCAAGACCAACAUGGGCAAUUUAGCGAGACCCCAUCUCUAUG